AUAGAAUACUUUUGUGUGUGUGCACUUCCGGGUUUUACGUUGUGGGUGCUUACAAGAUGUCUGAUAGUGCUGAGUCCCCAACAGAAACUCAGAAAGAAGAGAUACAUCCACCUCCAGAUGACUCCGCGACGAACGACGACAAGAAAAAAAUUGACGUGCUGUUGAAAGCAGUGGGGGACACUCCCAUAAUGAAAACCAAAAAGUGGGCAGUGGACAAGGGGAGAACUGUGCAGUCCCUUGCACAGUUCAUUUCUCGCUUCCUCAAGCUCGAUGCCACUGAGCAGCUGUUUAUUUAUGUAAACCAGUCUUUUGCCCCUUCCCCGGAUCAAGAAGUGGGGGUUCUUUUUGAUUGCUUUGGCAGUGAUGGCAAGCUGGUUCUCCAUUACUGUAAAUCUCAAGCGUGGGGUUAAAAGCUCAGCGUGACGGCCUUCUCCUUAAAAACUUUCCCUGAAAAACACUUUUUAUUUGCUACUUUAUUGUUCUUCUCUUUGACUCUUUAUGUACAUAUUUGUUGUAAAUAAAUUAUUGCCACAAAA